AUGGAAUCGAUUUCCUUUUGGCCUCUCAGCCGCAUGCGACUUCUGUGGCCUUGCAGCAAUGCCUGUCCAGAACUAUGUCACUCUGUCACUCGCUAG